AUGGCCACAAAGGAACUGAGACACGGUCCUUACUCCUAUUUAGGAGGCAGCAGUGAGGAAUAUUCCGCAAUGGGGGAAACCCUGACGGAGCAAUACUACGUGAAGGAGGAAGCGACGACUAACUAUGUGCCAGCAGUCGCGUUACUGGUGGGAAAUCGAGGCCUAACCUCGUGGAAGUUAGUAAUACUGUCGAACUUGAGUGCAGGAGAGGUUAACGGAACUUUAUGUGGAGCGCGUGGGGAGCAAAACGGAUUAGAUACCCGUGUAGUCCACGCCCUAAACGAUGAUACGCUCGCAAGAGUGAAACUUAAAGGAAUUGACGGGGACUCGCACAAGCAGUGGAGCAUGUGGUUUAAUCCGAUACAACGCGUAGAACCUUACCAAGGCUUGACAUGUUUGGCAAAGUUGAGGAAACUUAACGGAGGUUAUCCAAACACAGGUGCUGCAUGGCCGUCGUCAGUUCGUGCCGUGAGGCCGACUGCCAAGGUAACUUGGAGGAAGGAGAGGAUGACGUCUGGUCGUCAUGGCCCUUAUGCCUUGGGCGACACACGUGCUACAAUGUUCAGAUUGGAGGCUGCAACUCGCCUCCAUGAAGGUGGAAUUGCUAGUAAUCGUAAAUCAGCCAUGUUACGGUGA